AUGCAUGAUUAUUCGGCCACCCAAAAUGGCUCCACGUUGCUUCCACAUUCCCUGCUCCUGCUGUUGAGGACUCGGCUCGCCCAAGCUUUCGAUCGAGCUGUGCUAUGUCCCAUUUCCUAUCUCCUUGACACAUCGCUUUUAAAUCCCAUCUGGGACCGCCUCUUCGGUCAGUCCUUUCGUCGCCAGCUUGCUCAGGAUCCUUUGAAGCUUUCCAUCACUGUCAUGGUCGCAAUCUGCUGCACGAUUGGUACAGGAGCCCUUGGUCAUUGGCUGUGGACGAAUAAGAAACCCAGGAAACUCUCAGACUCCUCCACCGAGUCCAUCCUGAAGCCAUCCGAUGAUGAGGCCUCCGCUACGGAUCCAGCACUAUUGAAGAAACAUUCCUCAAUUCGAUCAUACACCGUGCCAGCUACAGGUUUUACCUAUCCAGAGAUACGGACGUUCUAUCGUCGGCAUGGCCAACAGGACAAAUUGCCUAAUAAGCCACGCCCUAUCCCACUUCUGGUUUUCAUCCAUGGUCUUGGCGGUUCCGCUGCUCAAUUCAACUCUAUUCUCACCAGCCUGGUAAACGUCGCGUCCUGCUUAGCCAUUGAUCUUCCCGGAUGCGGACUGUCCUCUUUCAAGCCCACGGAUUGGAAGGCAUAUACUUCGGAAGCGCUUGUGUAUCUUCUUGUCGAGGCCAUCGAGGCGCAUCGUGAUGUUGCUGCAGGUCAAGGGGUAGUUCUGGUCAGCCAUUCUAUGGGAUGCUCUUUGGCCACAUUACUGGCUUCUACGACUUCCCCUUACGGACAUCUCCUAAACGACCACAUACUAGGAGUCGUCGAUGUGUGUCCGAAGAUUGGACCUCUGAACGACAAGGAGCGCAAGGGCAUCAAGACGAUCACCAACAUACCGGGACCUAUCUUCGAUCUGAUGCGCAAGUACGAUCGCCGCGGAGGUAUCAACAGCCACAGUGUCCUACGUAUGACCGGCCCCCAAGCUGACAAGGAGACACGCAAAAUGCAGUUGCGAUUCAACAAACAAAGCAGAACUGCGGUGUGGCGGCGUAUGUCUCUCGGCAUAGCAGACACAUUCCCUGGUGAAGAUAUCUGGACUGGUCUUCGUGUGCCCGUGUUCUUGUUCGGAGCCGAAGAUGACCAUGUCACUCCCGCAUUAAACGUGGAGAAAAUCCAUCAAAUCUUAAGCCCUGACGAGUCGGAGAAGCUUGAGAGCAAGUCAAUCAAAACAUAUAUAUUCCCUUCUCCGGCAUCCCAUUCCAUGCUAUUUUCGCCUACAUCCGCAAGGAGCAUUGCAGGCUUUAUCGGCACCUUCUUGUCCGAGCACGUCGAUUCACGAUUGUCGCUCGGCUGGCAGCUGCAGCACCUUGCAACGGAAGGGAAAUGGGACGUCAAGAAUCUCAAUAAAUGGAAGUCUGUGAGGGCAGUCUCGGCACCAAUCGCCAGCACGUUCCGCGCGAUGAAGACUCUCAGAGAAGUCGACGACAUACAUACUCCCAAGCAAUUCGUCAAGGAGUGGGCAGGUCGUAUCUAUGCCGUUGUUGACAUCAGCUAUGACGUCCCCGUCUACGACUCUCAAGGCCUCGAGGAUGGCGGUAUCCGCUACUUCAAAUGUCCCACCAUCUCCAAGUAUCCCCCCGAACGCGAGGAGGUCGAGACCUUUUGUUCAUUGAUCGACAGAAUUCGCGCGGAGAAGGACGCCGAGAAGAGCGAUGCGCUCAUUGCAGUGCACUGCCACUACGGCUUCAACCGAACAGGCUUCUUACUUGUCUGUUAUCUAGUCAAGCGGCUGGGAUACAACGUCCAAGAGGCGAUCGACACUUUCGCAUCCUCGAGGCCGAACGGCAUCAAGCAUUCACACUUUAUCGACGAGCUCUAUGUCAGAGCUAAUGAGGGCACAAUCUAA